AUGUCAGCGGGAUACCAGGGAAAAACAACUUUUUUUGAAGUUUUUAAGACACGAUGCAGUGAAUCAGAUUUAGGGCCAAUAAGCCUUAACUGGUUUGAAGAACUUACUUCAGAAGCUCCACCCUAUAAUUAUGAAAUUUCAGAAGACCCUGGAAGUAAAACUGAAAUUACUGAGGUGAAUUAUUUUAAAACCCCACAGCGGAAACCUUUCACUUAUAAUCAUCUGGCAUCUACUCCAUUAAUCUUCAAAGAACAGAAUGUAAAUUGUUCAUUGAAUUCUUCUCCUUUAAGUGGACCAGAUCAUUGCAAAUUAGAUCUAGGUAAGGAUACUGCAAUGGAUAAAGAGCUUAGGAAAAGUCACUGUGUAUUGAAGAUCAAAUUAGGUCAAGCAAAUGAUGUUACCAGUCCACCCCUCAGUACUUGUCUCAGUGAAAGUCCAGCAGUUUUACGAGGCACAUACAGAACUCCACAGAGGGAGAAGCCUGUGUCAUAUGGAAACUUACUUUAUACCCCUAAACUAAUGAAGGUUAAUACACCAAAACACAUUUCUGAAAGUCUGGGAGCUGAGGUGGAUCCAGAUAUGUCUUGGUCUAGCUCUCUGGCUACUCCCCCUACCCUCAGUUCAACUGUGCUAAUAGUCAGAGAUGGUCAGACUCCUAGAGCUAGAACUCCUGGUGAUACUUCAAUUAUGUUACGAAAAUAUUUAUCUCAACACGGUGAAAGUCCAAAGAGACUUGAUAGGAGCACCUCUUCUGUGCCACACAUUGAAAAUAUACAUGCAGAAGGAUAUGGCAUGAGUCAGGAAUUGGAAAAAAUGAUAGACGAUUCAUUUGAUGAUGGAAAUAACUUCAAAGACCAUGGUGGAAAGAUGAUGAUUAAUAUGCCAAAUAUUAUGGAAGAAGAAACAUGUGAUCCAGUAAUUAACACACCUGUAGAAGAUGAUGCUUCGUUCAAUUUUACUGGUUAUAAAAAAGGAAAUCUACGAAAAGUAAAACUUGAUAAGACUAGGAAAAAAUAUUCUAAAUUAAAAACUAAUGAACGUGAAGAGACUGAAACACUAAGUAAGAAGAAUAACUAUUCCAGUGCAUCUGAAACUGAACUAGAAUAUUGUUAUCCAUUCAUUUCAAAAGCAACAAAUAAUGAAAUUCAGAAGUCUAUUGAGAAUGUUAAUGAAGAACUGUUGGAGGAUGAUGUACCAUCCUCAGCAACUCAGUGGUCUCAACUAAACCUUUCUGGUUUAGAUGUAACUCAGAUAGAGAAAACACCACUGCCACACAUUUCUUUUUGUGUUCAAAAUUCAGAAGAAGGACCAACAAACAAAAGCAAUGAAGAUUCCAGUCUCAGUACUUUAAAAACUGUGGAAAUAGCAGCAUAUAAGGAGGAUGAGAAGAAGAUUACCACACCUAAUAAAGACAGUGUAAUGUUAUUAAAACAGAUAUCUCCUGAAAUUUCUCCACCAAAUUCAACGUCCCAAGAAAGGAAAAGUUCCAAGUUCAAGAUGGGCCUAACAUCUGAAGAAACCAUCAGUAUGGAUUUCUUGGAGAGUUCUUCCCUUUGCAUAGGGAACACAAGCAUUACAACAGAAGCUAAAAUUUUUGAGAAUAACCUGGAAAUCCCUAAGUCAUCUAUAGAUGAUAUUGUUUGUUCUGAAAAGCAUGGUUCGUUAUCUCCAAAUAAAGAUGGCAAAGGAAGCUGUCCAACAGUUACCAAAUGUAACUCAGCACCUUUGAACAGUACAGGCAUAAUAUCUCAUUUUAAAAAGAGGACAAAAAAGUUUAUUUAUGUUGUCAGUGAUGACUCAUCUUGUCAAGGAGAAAAAAUAAAAAAAACUCAAGAAAUAGAAUCAGUGAACUGUUCUGCAUCAUCCCAUUUAGAAUUGAAUUCUUCUGAAGAACAUCAUGAAUUCACAAAUGCUAUUUCAGAUUUCUUGGAUUCCUCUAUCAGAAGAAAAUGUUUACAAUUUGAUCCUGAGGAACAAACUGCCCCCUUAACUGGUUGUGACAAAACAAUGAUGGAAGAAUAUUUUAAUGAAAGUAGAUUUCCUCAUAAUGAAGUAACAUCUCAGGAUGUAGGUUUUGAAGAAAUAGAAAUGAAUAGAGGAGAGCUAGAGUCAGCUAUAACAGAAAUUGGUAAUCAGACACAAUCUCAAGAAAGAGGCUACAAUGAUUUUUCAAAAAGGCAAAGAGUUUCAAAUACAAAAGAGUGUAUCUUGACUGCAACAUGCCUUCCCCCUAGAAAACAUUCAGAAGUAGAAUUGGGGAGUUUUGGAGAAAAUAGUCACUUUCCAACAAAAAAUAGCACUUCGCAUGACUCCAUUAAUUCCAGUAUAAAUUCUUUAACUCAGCUUCCUCAGGAUACACGAGAACUUUCAGUUGUGAUUUAUGGAGAAAAGGAACCUUUGUGCGAAGUGAAACAAAAACCAAGAUUUAGGAGAAACUCUGAUUCAACUUUUAUCACAAAUAAAGUAAGAUCUGAACUAAAAGAGAGCUUUGGUAAUAUUAAGGAGAAUCAAGAAACUGGAGGAGAUGCUCAAGAAAUGUUAUCUGAAAAGUGCAAAGAAGUGACAUCAAUUUCACUGGGGGCACAGGUCAACAUUGUAAGCCUAAGAGACCAAGAAAAAACUAAUUUGAUUACAGAAAAAACAGCUAUUGAACUAUACCCUGAGGAAAAUUUGCCUUUGAAUAAAGAGAAUUUCAUUUUUCAAACAAUAGAUAAAAAGAACUUAAGGGUGACAGACAAUUCUGAGGAAUUCUUUGCAACAAGUUUCUGUUACUUGGGAGAGUCUAUUCCUGAGAACUCUACAGAAAUAGAUCGUAAACAGACAGUUCAGGAGUUGUUCACGGAAGAUUCUUUUUCAUCAGAAAUAGUUCCUGAAUUUACAGAGGACAGCCAGGAUAAAAAUCAGUAUUCAAAAUUGGUUUAUGAAUGUAUAUCACAAAGUAAUAAUUCUUAUUCAAAAAAUACUAUUGAUACUAAUGUGAAGCCAAAGAGAAAUGAAGAAAAUUAUUUGGGAAAAUGGGCAGAGUAUUUUGAUCCUGAUUCAAAUAAAAGUUUUAGUUGUGGCUUCAAAACAGCUUCUAAUAAGGAGAUAAUACUCUCUGAACACAACAUUAAGAAAGGGAAACUUUUCUUUAAAGAUAUUGAACAGCAUUAUAACAGCAGUUCUAUAGAAGUUGUGAAUACUUCAACUUCAGUAGCAGCAGAAAACAUCAAGACUGAUUUAGAUAUUAAAAACCAAGACAAGAAUUCUUUUCCUGCUUGGAAAUCAGGCCCAAGCCAUAUUAUAUCUAAGGAUGCGCAGAGUAACAUAUUUGUUCUUAAUGAGAAAGAAAUUGACACAGCUCUGGAAGAUUUAUCCUUAAAAAAAGAUCUUGAUUUUAACCACAAUUUAACAGCUAGCCAAAAAGCAGAAAUCACAGAGCUUUCCACGAUACUGGAAGAAACAGGAAGCCAAUUUGAAUUUACACAGUUCGGAAAACAAGGUCCUACAGUACAGACCCUUGAAAUAUCCACUAACAAAGUAGAUGAGUUGGGCAACUUAAAUACUUUUGAACUGCAGAUGGGUUUUGAACUUGGUGAUCAUUUUGGAGCUAAAUAUGAGACAGAUAAUAACAGAUCUCCUGAACAAGCAGAUUUAAAUGUGAACUCUGAAGUGGUAAUUAAUGUAAAACAAAGAACUGUUUAUUUACCAAAAAGUAACUCUGAACAAGGUGCCUCUACUGAUAUUUUUAAUGAAAAUGAAAUGGAAUUUAAAGGCUUUUGUUCUGCUCUUGGAAGAAAGAUGAACGUUUCUAAUGAAGCUUUACAAACAGCUAUGAAAUUGUUCAGUGAUAUCGAGGAAAUUGGUGACAGUCCUCUGCAAAAUCUUAGGAAUAGUCCUUUGGAUAGAAGUCAGAAGUCUAAUAUUGUUCCUGCAUUCAAGAUAGCAAAUUAUAUUGAUAAUAGUAAAGAUUUUAAAGGAAAAGAUGCUAAAUAUAUACACAAACCACAAUGCAAUGUUGAGAAUAAUACUGGCAUUUUUGUUGAAGAAAAUAUGUUAAAUUGCAGCAGAGAUCCAGAAAAUAAAGAGAGUAGUAGUCCAUUAUUUAUUAGUUCACAUAAAGAUAGUAGUAAAUUAAAAGGAUCUGUUGAACCUGAUUCAGAUAAUAACUUUCAAAGAGAAAUAAAUGGUUUGUCAUCUUUUGAUCAGCAAAAUAUAAAUCCGAAAAUGUCUGACCAACUUAUAAUACAAGAAAGUUAUCCAGUUAAAGAAGGAUUGUUAGAUUUAAUUUACUUGGGAAAAGCUGUUAAAGAUGAAAAAAAUUUUACCUCAAAUGUAAGCGGAAUGGAAGAGUUGGUUUCUAAUCAGGAGGAACAAAAAAUGAGAGAAAAUGAAAAUUCCUCUCAGCUACCAAGUUUUCAGACUGCAAGUGGUAGAAAUAUUAUGGUCUCCAAAGACUCUUUCAGUAAAGUUGCGCACUUGUUCACUGAAGAAUGCUCAGUAAAAGAACUAAAUGAUUUUUCAUUUCCUUUUACUUUGAAAAUGCCAAAUAUUGCUCUUAAUAAAUCAGUGGAGCCUUCAGGAAAAGAGAGUGAAAAUUUAGUUGAAAAUGAAAUAGAAGAAAUGGCUCUUGCUACUAAAAAAGAAUUGAUGCCUAUCCAAAAGGGACCAAAAAUUGAAAACAAAAAAUGGAAAGAGUAUAAUAUGGUGGGUUUUCAUACUGCUAGUGGGAAAGAAGUUAUAAUUUCAAAGGAAUCUAUGACUAAAGUAAAGCACUUUUUUGUUGAGGAAAAUUUGGAAAAUGAUGUUAUUAGCAUUAAGAAUCCCAAGACGGAAUUCUUUAAUGAAAGAGAGAAAGUUAAUGAAAAACUUGUACAAGCUUAUGAGAUAGUUGAGUUAAAUAAUGCCCAAGUGUGUGAAGAAAUGCAGAGUUUUCAAGAUAAUGAUGAAAAAGUCCUUGUUCCUGUUAGAACCACAGAUCUACCUAAAAUAACUGAUAGUAUGCUGUCUAAUGAGCCUUCAAAUGAUAUUUUAUUUGAAGGGAAACUAUCUGAAAUUAAAGAAAAUUGUAUAUUGUCUGAUGCUAAACAGUUUGCUGAUUUGCCUGUUGAAAAGUCAGGUUUGGGAUUUUACACAGGCCAUGGUAAAAGCAUUUCUGUAAGUGAGACUUCAUUACUGAAAGCAAGAAAAUGGCUCAGAGAAAUAGAUUUAGGAGGAAAGACUGAAGCUUCAAGUAUGGUUGUCUCUUGUGUUGCUGAGACCAUGUGUGUAAAAGCAGACUCUGAUGUCCAUGUGGAGAAUUCUGUGCCUUUAUGUACUUCAAAUAAUAUAUCAUCAAUUGAAGAUAACAAAAAUAUUUCUGAUAAACAAGAUGCAGUCUUUUUAAGUAACGGUAUGUCAAACAUUAAACAUAACUUAAAACAUGACAUAGAAAGGUCUGAUUUUUGUCAUUCAGAUAAUGCAGAUUUCUUUUCAGAACAUAUAUCUGAUAAAAUAAUGUCAUGUCUUAAGGCACAGCCACCUGCAUUCACUACAGCAAGUGGUAAGACAGUUCACAUUUCAAAUGAAGCAGUACAAAAAGCAAGAGAGAUGUUUAUAAAUGAUGGUGAUAAAUACCUAAAACCAAACAUUGAGAACAAAUCAGAAAAUAACCACAUGAAAAAUGUAAAAGAUCCUUCUAAGAUAUUGGAAAACAAAGACAUUUCUCCUAAAUCUUUUGAUGGCAAGAAUAGGAAUAUAUCCAUGAAUGAUAUUUCUAUUUCAAAUAAAAUACAUAGUAAAAAAGCACAACUUGAAACUAUGUCCACAAAUACUGGAUUAGAGAUGGACUCUGAAGUAUCACAUUGUCAAAUAAAUUCUAAAACUUCUGAUUUAUAUAAAUAUACUAUUGGAAGACAACCCAAGUGUAGUCCUUCUGUUGGAAUUUUUUGUACAGCAAAUGGCAAACCUGUACAAGUAUCAGAUAAUUCAUUAAAGAAAGCCAGACAAGUGUUUUCUGAAAUAGCAAAUGAUUCUGAGCAAUUACUUUCCCUUAAAGGUAGUGAAAGCCAUCCAGAAACAUCAAUAGGAGAAGAAAAUGCCAUACUUUAUGCAAAAACCAACCUACCAGCACAAAAGAAAGGCUAUUUGAGUAAUAUGCAGAGUUUAUGUAAUAAUUCUGGAUUUAAUACAGCAAGUGGAAAACAGGUUUUAAUUUCUGAAAAUGCAUUGCAAAAAGUUAAAGGUAUGUUAGUAGAAUUUGAUUUAAUGAAAAAUGAAUGUCUUGAAUCUAUACAAGAUGUUACACCAAAAGCUCUGUCUCCAGUACUUUGUAUUGAAGGUGGUGAAACCCCCAAACAUAUUGUAAAUUUCCAAAAUAAGGAAAUCUGUAAUAAAGAACUUAACUUCUCCAAUAACUGUAAUGUUGAGAUAACUUCUUCAGAAAAUAGAACUAUUGAAGUUUCUUGUGAUCAAUUUAAGCAAGAUGUGAAACAGUCACUUUUAGAAACCAAAUUGACUCCUGCUAAAGAAAUUUCAUUUUUGAAAAAAGGACAAGUUGGCCUUAAGAAUGUGAACGUGGAAAGUAAUGAAGCUAUAGAUGGUCUUCCUUUCAAAAGAAAUCUACAGGUUUCUUCCCCUAACUCCAAAGCCCAAGAAACUUUUAUGGAAAGAGAAGCAGUGGAAAUUGCCAAAGCCUUUAUGCAAGAUGAUGAAUUCACAGAUUCUGAAUUACCUCAUAAUACCAAACAGUCCUUUUUUACUUAUAAAAACAAUGAAGAACAUAUCCUGAUGAAUUCAAGAUUUGGAAAAAGAAGAAUGGAAGAACAUGCCUCAUAUGGAGAACCCCCCAUUAAAAGAAAAUUAUUAUAUGAAUUUGACAGAGCAGUGGAAAAUCAAGGAAAAUCCUUAAAACCUUCAAAAAGCAGUCCAGAUGGCACAAUGAAAGAUAGGCAAAAGUUUAUGCACCAUAUUUCCUUAAAGCCAGUUACUUGUGAUCCUUUUAGCACAACUAAGGAAUGGCGACAAAUGCGAUAUCCCAGUUUUACUGCACCUGAUCAAGAACUUACAUCUAAAUAUUCCUUCUUAAAACACCAGACUUUGGAAAACUCAAGUCAUAAGUUACUGCUACGAAGUCCAUCAUAUAAAGUUUCUUCUACAGAUAAUGGAAAGAUGAAAUCCAUAAGUAUCAGAGGCAAGCCUGCCAAAGUCUUUGUUCCACCUUUCAAAACAAAUUCAAACUCUUCCAUAGCCACAGAAGAACAAUACGUCAGAAAGAGAUUUAAGGUGAAGGUAAAGGAGAACACACCAGAAAAUGAGAAGCAAAACUAUAGAGAUGCACAUAAUUCUGGAGAUAGUGAAAAUAAUGAAAAUUAUCUUUCUGAGAAAAAUAACUUCAAUCAAGCAACAACUCAUAUUUUUAAAGAAUAUGGAAACUCACACCUAGAAAUGAUUGAAAAUUUUCAACAUGCCAGAGAGAUGCAAGAUAUGAGAAUUAAAAAGAAACAGACACAACAGAUUCAUCCCCAAGCGGGUAGUUUGUAUCUUAGAAAAACAUCUACUCUUCCUAGAAUCUCUCUCAGAGUAGCAGUGGAAGGCAAAGUUCCCUCAACUUAUUCCAGUAAACAGUUGUAUAUGUAUGGGAUUUCUAAACAGUGCCUGAGAAUUAACAGCAAAAAUUCAGAGUCUUUCAAAUUUCACAUUGAAGAUUACUUUAGUAAGGAGCAUUUAUUAGAUGGAAAUGGAAUACAACUGGCUGAUGGUGGGUGGCUCAUACCUACUGAUGAAGGAAAGCUUGGAAAAGAAGAAUUUUACAGGGCUCUGUGUGAUACUCCUGGUGUUGAUCCAAAACUUAUUACUAAAACUUGGGUGUAUAAUCACUAUAGAUGGAUUAUAUGGAAACUGGCAGCUAUGGAAUUUACCUUUCCUAAGGAAUUUGCUAGUCGGUGUUUAACUCCAGAAUGGGUGCUUCUGCAACUGAAGUAUAGAUAUGACAUAGAAAUUGAUGAGAGCAGAAGAUCAGCUAUUAAAAAGAUAAUGGAAAGAGAUGAAACAGCUGCAAAAACACUUGUGCUUUGUGUUUCUGAAAUAAUUUCAUCAGGCACAAAUAUAUCUAUAACUGCCAAUGGUAAAAACAGUAGUGUGGAAACCAAAAAAGAAUCAGCAGUUAUAGAAGUUACAGAUGGAUGGUAUGCAAUCAAGGCACUGUUAGACCCGUCUCUCUUAGCUCUCUUACAGAAGGGCAAAUUGACCAUUGGUCAGAAGAUUAUAACCCAUGGAGCAGAACUGGUAGGUUCUCAGGAAGCUUGCACACCACUUGAAGCUCCAGAAUCUCUUAUGUUAAAGCUUUCAGCUAACAGUACUCGCCCUGCUCGUUGGUAUGCCAAACUGGGCUUCUUUUCAGAUCCCAGACCUUUUCCACUGCCUUUAUCAUCACUCUUCAGUGAAGGCGGAAAUGUUGGCUGUGUUGAUAUAGUUGUUCAAAGAGUUUACCCUACCCAGUGGAUGGAGAAGACAUUAUCUGGAUUAUAUAUAUUUCGUAAUGAGCGAGCAGAAGAAAAAGAAGCUUUAAAACAUACAGAGUGUCAACAAAAAAAACUAGAAGCCUUGCUUACAAAAAUUCAAGCAGAAUUUGAAAAACAUGAAGAAGACAGCGCAAGACAGCACAGGCAGUCACGUAUUCUAACAAGACAGCAGGUUCGUGCUUUGCAGGAUGGUGGAGACCUUUAUGAAGCAGUUAAGAAUGCACCAGAUCCAGCUUACAUUGAGGGCUGUUUCAGCAAAGAGCAGUUAAGAACUUUGAAUCAUCACAGGCAGCUAUUAAAUGAUAAAAAGCAAGAGCAACUCCAGGCAGAAUUCAGAAAGGCCGUAGCAGCUGCUGAACUUGAGGAACAAGGAUUGGCCAAAAGAGAUGUAACUACAGUAUGGAAGUUAAGAGUUGUCAACUAUAAGAAACACGAAAAAGAUUCAGUUAUAUUGAGCAUCUGGCGUCCAUUAUCAGAUAUAUAUUCCCUGUUAAAGGAGGGAAAUCGAUACAGAAUCUACAACCUGGCAACCUCACCAUCCAAAAAUAAAUCUGAUAGAGCUCAUAUCCGAUUAACAGCAACAAAGAAAACUCAGUAUCAGCAGCUGCCGGUUUCUCAUGAAGCUCUAUUCCAAGUUUAUCAGCCAAGGGAAGCAGUGCCACUCAACAAGCUCCUGGAGCCAUCCUUUCAGCCGCCUUGUGCUGAAGUAGACAUAGUAGGCGUUGUGAUUUUGGUCACCAAAAAACCAGGUGUUGCACCUUUGGCCUACUUGUCAGAUGAAUACUACAAUUUAUUAGCAGUAAAGUUUUGGAUAGAUCUUAAUGAAGAUGUUAUUAAACUGCAUACAUUGAUAGCUGCAAGCAACCUUCAAUGGAGAACAGAGUCCAGAGCAGGAAUUCCCAUGUUAUUUGCUGGAGAAUUUUCUGUGUUUUCUGCCAGUCCAAAGGAAAGUCAUUUUCAAGAGACAUUCAACAAGCUGAAAAAUUCUAUUGAGAAUAUUGACCUGUUUUGUGAUGGUGCAGAAAAAAAACUUACUCAUCUACUCGACACACAUAAUUCCAAACAACCUAAUGCAGUCAAAGAAUAUAAUUUAGAUUCACCUUCUCCUCAAGCAAAACUUGGCCUGGGCCAUACGAUAUCCACUUUUCAUAGAGAACCAAAUCAUCACACUCCGGAAGGGAAUUCUGGUGGGACUAUUAGCUCAGUUAAAGUAACCCCAACAUCGGAUUGUAGAGGGGACAGAAAAAUGGAUGACCCCAAAAUCUGCAAGAAGAGAAGAUCAUUGGAUUUCCUCAGUAGAGUGCCUUUGCCUCCACCAAUUAGUCCUAUCCAUACAUUUGUUUCUCCAGCUGCACAAAAAGCAUUUCAGCCACCGCGGAGCUGCAGCAACAAAUAUAACGUUCCCAUAAAGAAAGAUACAUUGAACUCUCCUCAAAGGACAACAAUAAAAACAUUAAGUGGAACAACUAUGGUGGAAAAUGAUUUGAUAGCAGAUGAAGAACUAGCACAAAUAAAUACACAAGCCCUUUUGACUAAUUCAUCUGAAUAAAAUUAAGUAAAUAACUCAACUAAUAGAAAUAUUAUUGACGGACCCACCAGCAGAAAAUUCAGUGGUUCAAACUAAGUGGUUGAAAACAUAGUUUACUAAAAAGAGACCAUGUCCUAAAGAGUGAUAGAAUGGGGAAAUAUUUCUCAAACCAAUGGAAGACUUAAGAUUGCUAGGUAAGACAAAAAUGAAGCCAUAAUUUUACCAGAAAAGCUUAAGGUGGGGGCAGCUGGAUAGUUCAGUGG